AUGAAAGUCGCUGUCGAUGCUAAAGUCAGCAUUGAUGUCUGCCGCCUGUUUGCCCUGGUGGCAACUACUUACGUCUGUUACGCAUGCCUCUGGGGACUCGUCUACCGCAAAUUCUUUUUCGACAUGAUGGGAGGAGCCCUUGCUGCGAAUGGAAUCGAACCGAAUGAUAAGAUUAACGUUAUCAUCUUAAUCACGGUCACAGUACCCCUGAUACAGAUAUUAGUGCUCCUACAUAGCCUAUUCAAUCUGCUCUUGUUUUAUCCAAUCAAGCUAUUCUCAAAUGACGAUUCUUUCAAUUUCAAGAUGUACUCAUUGUUCCUCAACGGCUGGUUCGCUAUACUAGUCUACCAGGAUUUGAACUCCUUUAUAACUACAUUCACACUCUUUACUCUCAAUCACGCUUUCAUCGUGCCCCCAUUCAACAGACAAGCUUUGAUUAAAGACCCAGAGGUCAUACAGCCCCACUUUUAUAAGCAAGACGCUCAUUUGAACACACUGGAUAAAACGCGUUCAAACUUCUCUGCAGUCAACGACGACGUUAAUUUGGUCGUUGGCUGUGUACACAAUAUGGAUAACAACUGUCAGCACACUUUACAAAAGCGUCAAAAAUACAACGACGGUACUUAUCAUGGCAUUGGUAGUCUAGACGACACCCGUGGUUCCACUAGUCCGCCUCUACAACUCCCGAAUGAUAUGGAUUCUUCAAAUAUCGAAGACAAUCCCGCACCUGACGACCAGGAGUCCUCCUCUUCUCCAAAUGAUGACGAUGCCGAGUCGAAUCAAGAAAAUCAAGACAACCAGCCAAAUGAUGACAUCGAUUCGGCGAUAGACCAGAUCAACGAUGAACCAGAAGAGCUGCAAGAGCAAGACAAUAACCAAGACGAAGAUAUUGACCAGUCUACCGACGAUGUCCAACCUAGCCCUCCUUCAACCAACAACGCAGAAGAUGCUCAGCAAUCCAUCUCCGACUCCAGCUCCACUGAUUUCAAAGUUGCAUAUCUCUCUCCCAUUUUUAUUAUUAGUGGCUUGGUCGCAGCCUUCACUAUCAUGGGUCUCAUUUAUCGCAAACGUCGUCGCAGUCGGCUCGCCAAAGAGCGUCAAAUCUCGAUGGAGAAUGGGUCUUCAGACUCUAUCUCGGAGAUAGACAAACCAGCUGCUAUCAAGACCUCAGAAGGUCAUUUAGAUGAAGAGCCCCGUCAUUCAAGCUGGCAAACGGACGACGAUGCUCAGAUGAUGUCUCCAAAUGCGCUGCCUUUCUCAAACCCUCCAGAGGAAAGAGCUGAAAGGCCUUGGGGCUAUCAACCUUCUGGACUUGCCUCUCCUUCUUUCCGCAAUGAGCCUUGGAAAUGGCCCUCAAACAAUAACACUCCAAAGCAAUCACCAAGGCCAGUCUUCCAGCGUACAAACUCAUCAUUCCAGCCUCCUAGCGAAAUCACGGAUCAAAUUCUAAAGUCCCCAUUGCCUGAGGGUUUCCAAGAUGCCUCUUCUUAUGACGUCGAUCGCAGACUGGACGAAAUGUCAGAUAGCAAGAAUCACAACUCAGGCUCAAUGGCAUUUUACGCCAAUGCAAUGAAGUCGGCUUUAGAUGGUGAACGCUACAAAUCUGGCGUCAUUGGUAACAAGAUAUUUUCGCAGAGACCUUCUCCUCAGAUUGACAAUGCCCGCGACGCGCAAAUCAGACAGCGUAAGACAUCGGACAAGAAUGCUCAACAGAUAGUGGAUAAUGACGAAAGCAAUUACAUCCCAUCUGCAUUUUCGCCACCGCUUCGCAGCUCAACGCCUUGGGGUGACUUUAGCCAAGCUAUCAAAACGGCUUUCCACCCACCAAAGCGUGAACCAACUCCUGCUGCUGCUGGAUGGCUUAGAAACUCUAUUGUUCCCGCCAAUGCUCCAAGAGAGAUUGAAAUGGAAGAUGUUAAGCAAACAAAGUCACCUGUGGACAAUGUCUUAACUCCAAUCAGCAAGGAUUUACAGUCACCAGUUCCAAUCUCCUACGAACAGCUCAAAUCGGACUCAAAUUCAACCGCUGAGGGCACUAAAGAUGCUAAGGACACCAAAAAGAUGGAUUCGCCGCCCCCACCGUUGCCAAAAUCACCCGACAGACACGCUAAACGGAGCAAAAAGUUUAAAUUAUCUAAAUCCAAGAGCAAAGAUCUGAAAGAUAGAAUCAGCUUCUCAUCUCCUAUAACCAUGAACGCUGUUGUCAAUGAAAAUUUUGACAUUGGCAAUCAGCAGUACCCUGAAAAGUCUGCGAGGAGCAAAGAAAAGUCACCUCACUCCCCUUUGCUUGAAAAGUUGGCAAGAUCUCCUGUUCCUCUCAGUCCAAACUUCGCGGAAUUAGCCAGGAGCGACAAGAGUGAGGAGGUUGACGAUGGACCGUUCACCGAAAAAAUAGCUGGUCAAUCUAAGUUCUACACCGUCAAAGACAUGAACAACAUUCGCGAUGAGUUCAACGACGAAGCUGCCAGACUUCGUGAGAUGGCUAUCACUCCAUUUGUCAAGGGCCAAGACGACAAAAAUGGAGCUGAUAGUAGUAUCCAUACUGCAAUGAAGCAAAAUGAAUCACAGUUGACGCCACCUGGUCUGUCGCCUGAGCCGCAGGUGGCAUCUCCUUUGCCUGAAGACGCAGAACUAGCUCAGUUGCCAUUCUUGCCAUCACCUCCACUUGCUGGCAAGAAAGUGCAUCCACCCUCUUGGUCACUUGAAGCUCAAGUCCCACGGGUAGUGUCGCCUCCACCAAAUGCAGUCAGUUCACCUCCCAAAGUCGUCAGUCCUCCACCAGUACCAGAUUGGCAGAGCCUUCCUGAAACUUUACGCUCUCCUCCGCCACAGGCUGUUAGGUCCGAAAUGAUCUUCCAAGCAAACGCUAAACAAGAGCCACCGCAAUCAUUUGGAGCUGCUUUGAGUAUUCAACCAAACAUGCAGAGUAAAGAAAAGGAUCAACAGAAACCGGAAGAAAAUGAGAAUGAGGAUGAAUCGAUCGGACAAGAGAUAGAGACAUGGAGUGAAGGUAGUGGAUCAACAGUGUUUUAUGAGGAUGAAACAUAUGAGGACGAUGGAAUAAUCAACAUAGGUAGGAGCAACGAUGCUUCGAAUGAAUCGUCGAGGAAUGACUCAAUUGGAGGUUCAUCAACAAGGUCUAAAGUGCGUAGAUACAAAACGCGUAGGAGUGCCAUGUCUACCAGUACAAGAUACAGAGCUUCUCAAAUGACAACAUCUGCCUUGAUGGAAGAGAAUGCACAACACGUGAAUAAUAAUGUAGAGCAGCAGCAAAUGGUUGUUGACGAUUGGAAGAACAUUGAAAACAGUAGAAUGGACUCCUCAGCUCCGCCUGUUGUGGAUAAGUCCGACAUUGCAGUGUCUCCUCAAAGCGACGAACACUUCACAUCUCCAUAUAGCGGGGAGAACAACUCACCUUCAAAACAUACAGAUGAAGACUUUAGAUCGCCAAUGUCUAAUGCCUUCAAGGGAUCUGAAGUCGCUUCACCUAAAUUAAAGUCACCUGCUUCGUCAGACUUCCUGCCAACAAUCGAGGCUACACCAGAAUUAGCGAGAUCGUCUACAAUGAAGAACUACCUCAUGAGACUGCCAUCGAUGAGACAAUCAACUGGUAUGGGAUCACUUGGAAUCAAUACAGUCAACGGUGAAGCAUUACCGUCACCGAUGUAUGACAGCUAUGACAGCGGGAACCAUAAGUAUAACUUUAUUGGUAAAGGCCAAAAUGAAUCAAAGUAUUCAGAUCAGCCUUAUUCACAUUCCCAAGAGGAUUCAGAUAAAGCACUCGCAAAAGUCGACGAUAUCCUGACAACGUCUUGGAGCUCGAGAGUCAACUCGGAUGAUUUAGAAGAAGGCCCUCCACGCAGAAGGGGUGCCGCUGUCGCUCCACGUACGCGCAAACUGCUUGAAGCAAGAAUGAGACGAGAAACCAGUGGUUCUCCUACCUCUUCAUCAGCAUUGAGUGAUUGCUAA